AUGUCUUGGUUUUACGUGGCCAUGCAGCGCGAGCCGGUGGUGAUGUGGAGCUGCUUUAUCGGUUUCACGGGUGAGAACCCGCCGAACCCGUUCCCUCGCCCUUCCAGGCUAACUCCGUUCAGAGACGUUGCGCAUACGGAAGGGUUUUUCUCCUCGCUCCACCCGAUCCAACUCUGGGGUUGUUCAUCACGGGCGGACGAUGCAGCGCGGGUGACUGCCGCCGCGCGUCGUCCUGAUUGUCCGAACACGCAAACCGUGACUCGCCUGUCGUCGUCUUCCAAACCCUCGCACCGCCCCUCGAGCUUCUCCCAAACUGACGAUGAUUUUUCCACCUUCGCGUCUCCAUCGACAGGCAUGAUGUUGCCCGUCGUCGUCCCUCCCAUCCGGGACGCCUUCAGCGGUACGAAACCCAAGGCCCCGCCCAGCCCCCAUCUGGUGGCCAAGGCGCUGACGGGGAAGUGA